CUUUUUGCACAUCCAAACAGGGCUCUACGAUUGCAUUGCCUGUUGGGGCCUGCGGCUGCGGUGGUUGGGGUCACUGGAGUAAGUUGGCGGAGGAAUAUUAGCAUAAUUUGGACUUUUGUCCGUAUUAGUUUGGCAUCUUUUGUCCGUGUUAAAGCCCGAAGCAGACCGCUCCCUUUUGGUCCCGUGGAAGAAGAGAUAAUAGAGAUUGAGAAGCAGAGAAUGGAAGCAGUAGGCUUGAUCGGGGGAAGUGGACCAUGCGUUUCUGCGUCAUCCGCCCUUUGCUCAUCAACGCACAGAAGUUUCAGAAUCAGCGGCAAUAGCUUAUCCUACGUCCCCCUGAAGAAGCUUAGCCUGUGCAGCAGCCACCUAGCUGCAUUCCAUUCUCCGUCCCACCUUUUCUCGUUUUCCCCUUCUCGUCCUUAUCAUGCUAAACCCCGCAAGCCCACCAAAACCCACAUCUUCCUUCCUCAUUUGGUCGCUUCCAUGGAAGUUGAAGAGACUUAUAUUAUGGUCAAGCCUGAUGGCGUCCAACGGGGCCUUGUUGGAGAAAUAAUUUCAAGAUUCGAGAAGAAAGGAUUCAAAUUAACUGGCCUGAAGCUCUUUCAAUGCUCUAAAGAAUUGGCAGAGGAACACUAUAAGGAUCUCAAGACUAGACCUUUCUUCCCUAAACUAGUCAAUUACAUCACUUCAGGUCCUGUUGUGUGCAUGGCCUGGGAAGGGGUUGGUGUUGUAGCAUCAGCACGUAAGUUGAUAGGGUCUACAGAUCCUCUUCAAGCUGAACCAGGCACAAUAAGAGGGGAUCUUGCUGUUCAAACAGGAAGGAAUGUGGUCCAUGGCAGUGACAGCCCUGAGAAUGGGAAACGCGAAAUAGGGCUUUGGUUUAAGGAAGGUGAAAUAUGUCAGUGGACACCAGCUCAAGCACCUUGGCUAAGGGAGUGAUUUUUCACAGAGCACUCAUUUCACUUGUAGAUGCAUGCAGUUUUCCUCUGAGCAGCUGUGUUUUCGAUUGAACCGUUACUUCUUUUCUUAACUUCUGAAUGAUUCUGUCUCAAUGCAUGAAAAGAUUCAAUAUGAAAAUUUCUUAUGAGAAAAUUCAGAUCAGUUUUUGCUAUUCA